GAGUCGAUCAUCCCCCUCUACAUGAAGAAGGGCGCCGACUUCCUGAACGACCUGCGGGGCAUGUUUGCCUUUUUCAUCUACGACAAGCGCGACGACUCCUUCUUCGUCGCCAGAGACCACGUCGGCAUCAUCCCUCUCUACAUCGGCUGGGGCGAUGACGAUAGCGUGUGGAUAUCCUCGGAGAUGAAGGUCGGCACGCCUGGAGACUUCACACAGUGGUACAACCCCGUGUGGCGCACCCUCAAGGAGCACCCGACGCGGCGCGUGGACUUUGCGAGGCUGAGGGAGUCUUUCACCACUGCGGUGGUCCGGAGGAUGAUGACGGACGUGCCUUGGGGAGUGCUGCUGUCAGGUGGACUGGACUCUAGCUUGGUGGCGAGCGUGGCGUGCAGGCAUGUGCGAGAUCACCCUGACUCCGGGCGUUUCAGCGCCUUCCCCAGGAUACACUCCUUCAGCGUGGGUCUCGCCGGCUCGCCCGACAUCAAGGCCGCUACGGAAGUGGCUGACUUCCUCGGCACGGUUCACCACAGCUACAUCUACACGGUGCAAGAAGGGCUGGACGCCAUCCGUGAGGUUGUACGCAUGAUUGAGACGUACGACACGACCACCAUCCGGGCCUCAACGCCGAUGUUCCUCAUGUCGAGAAAGAUCAAGGCCAUGGGGGUCAAGAUGGUGCUGUCGGGGGAAGGAGCCGACGAGCUCCUCGGUGGGUACCUGUACUUCCACAAGGCGCCCAACGGGCAAGAGUUCUUCGAGGAAACACGCGACAAGGUGCUGGCGCUGCACCAGUUCGACUGCGCGAGAGCCAACAAGAGCACCGCCUCGUGGGGCGUGGAGGCACGCGUGCCUUUCCUGGACGUGGACUUCAUCGACGAGGCCAUGAUGACCAACCCGGAGGACAAGAUGGUUGCUCCCGGCAAGAUCGAGAAGUACAUCAUGCGCAAGGCGUUCGACACGCCGGAGGAUAUCUACCUGCCCCAGCACAUCCUCUACCGCCAGAAGGAGCAGUUCAGCGACGGAGUCGGCUACAACUGGAUAGACGAGCUCAGAGCCAAGGCCGCUGAGGAGGUGAAGUGA